CUGGCCCACGGAAUCACUCCCGUCACUCCUCGAGUCCGGCGGCAGCGGCGCCGGCGCUGGCGACGGCCACGGCGAGGCGUAUCGGUAUUGGGGAGCGGCGGCUAGAGAGAAGGUGGUGGCGAGAUGCGGCUUGGCCACCUACUCGGCGUCCGCCACCGUGGCGGUCAUGCCCAAGAACAAGGCCUAGGGAAGCAACUGCGGCGACCGGCAGUGCCGCGGCGGCGGCAGCGAGCCGUAUCGGGGACGCCACGGCUUGAGAGGCGGUGGCGGUGAGAUGGUGAGGUUGGCCGGCUGCUCCCCACCCGCCAUCGUGGCGGACAUUCCAGUAUAGUUUUUCGUGCGCCAUCUUAUCGAGGAAAAUGACGGCACCUGGUUUUGCUUCCCCGCGACGUGCAGCAGUGGAUGGAGAAGUAAGCUUCAAACAGAAUGCUGAUGACGUCCCUAUCGGCAUAUAUAUGGACCGUGCAUUGAGUUGGUGUGAGCUGCGAGCUCAUUGAGCACAAUGGCAGUGCAGAGAACAGAUGCUGCCUCUUGGCUCCGUGAGCUGGUUCUUGUUUACGCCAUGUGCUGGACAGUCUCACUGGGUUUUGUUGCGGGUCAAACCGGGCAGUUGAAUGUCGAUGCCUCGCCGCAGAAUGCAAGGAAGAUCCCUGAUAAGAUGUUCGGUAUAUUUUUCGAGGAGAUCAACCAUGCUGGGGCUGGUGGGUUGUGGGCAGAGCUUGUAAGUAACAGAGGUUUUGAGGCUGGUGGACCUAAUACACCUUCAAACAUUGACCCAUGGCUGAUAAUUGGGAACGAAUCAAGUAUCAUUGUUGGGACUGAUAGGACAUCCUGUUUUGAGAAAAAUCCGGUGGCACUUCGGAUGGAAGUUCUUUGUGAUUCUAAAGGAACCAAUAACUGCCCUUCUGGAGGUGUAGGAGUCUACAAUCCUGGUUAUUGGGGCAUGAAUAUUGAAAGAAGAAGGGUUUAUAAGGUGGGCCUGCACAUUAGAUCUUCAGAUGCAGUAUCCUUAACUGUUUCCUUGACAAGCUCCGAUGGUCUGCAGAAACUGGCCUCUCACACCAUAACGGCUAGCAAGAAACAGUUUGCUAAAUGGACAAAGAUAGAGUUUCAUCUGAAAUCUAGCCAAACCAAUACUAAUUCAAGGCUCCAGCUUACAACCAGCAAAAGUGGGGUGAUUUGGCUCGACCAGGUGUCAGUUAUGCCAUCGGAUACCUACAUGGGACACGGUUUUAGGAAAGAUCUCGCUUCUAUGUUGGCCAAUUUAAAACCUCAAUUUCUUAAGUUUCCAGGUGGUAACUAUGCCAUGGGAAAUUAUCUGCGAAAUGCAUUUCGAUGGAGUGAAACUGUGGGUCCAUGGGAGGAAAGACCCGGUCACUUCAAUGAUGCCUGGGGAUACUGGACUGAUGAUGGACUUGGAUUCUUUGAGUUCCUUCAGCUAGCUGAAGACCUCGGUGCUUCGCCAGUAUGGGUGGUCAAUGAUGGAGCAAGCCAAAAUGAAGAGGUAUCUACUGCAACAAUUGCAUCAUUAGUGAAGGACGUGGUUGAUGGCAUCGAGUUUGCCAGGGGAGGGCCCAAGACUACAUGGGGUUCAGUUCGUGCAGCGAUGGGUCAUCCACAACCCUUUAACCUUGACUAUGUUUCAAUAGGGAAUCAAGAAUGCUGGAUGCUCUAUUACAGAGGCAAUUACCAAAAAUUCUAUUCCGCGAUUAAAGCUGCCUAUCCAGACAUCAACGUCGUGUCAAGUUGUGAUAAAUCCACUAUUUCUCCGUCCAACCCUGCCGAUCUAUAUGAUGUUCAUGUUUAUACCUCAUCUAGUGAUAUGUUUUCCAGAACUAGUAUGUUUGACAAUACGACGCGCAGUGGACCGAAGGCAAUUGUAAGUGAGUACGCUGUGACUGGAAAGGAUGCUGGCAAAGGAACACUGGUAGAAGCACUAGCAGAGGCAGCAUUUCUCGUUGGAUUAGAAAGAAACAGCGACGUGGUAGAGAUGGCAAGCUGUGCACCGCUCUUUGUAAAUGACAAUGAUCGCAGAUGGAGUCCAGACGCAAUUGUGUUCAACUCAUGGCAGAACUAUGGAUGCCCAAACUACUGGAUGCUACAUUUCUUCAAAGAUUCAUGCGGCGCAACGUUCCACCCAUCAAACAUUCAGAUUUCCAGCUACAACCAGCUGGUUGCAUCUGCCAUCACUUGGCAGAAUAGCAAAGACAAGAGCACUUACCUGAAAAUAAAGCUAGUGAACUUUGGCAACCAAGCUGUGAAUCUCAGCAUAUCUGUGUCUGGGCUGGAUGAGGGCAUCAAGAGCUCAGGGUCGAAGAAGACCGUGCUUACUUCCAGCGGGCCGCUUGAUGAGAACUCAUUCCAGCAGCCACAAAAGGUGGCGCCAGUGUCGAGCCCGGUGGACAACGCGAAUGAGCAGAUGGGCGUGUUGGUGGAUCCAUACUCCCUCACGUCGUUCGACCUGCUGCUGCAACCGAGCAAGCACUCGACCAUAUGAAAGGAGAUAUAUACUGUAGUAGUAAUAGUCUUAAGAAUAUUUAUUAGCCUGCAAAAAGAGGGGAAAAGAGAAUAAAGGAAUGUUGAUGGGGGGCUUGAUUGCUCAGGCUAACUGCAUUGCAUGGAACAUAAUAUGCCCAUCAAUAUUCUUAUUCGAUUCAGCCCAAGAAUAGAGAGAUUUACCAGGUGAGGGUGAGUCAUCCGACUCAAGAAUUGUUGUUUCAAUGAAAUUCAGAUUAGCUGACGUUGCACCGCAUCUGGGAUCUUGGCUGGCACACAGCAUAUGUAAGUAUGUACAUACGUGCAUACCAUCACCACCUGCUAGUGCUAGGAAGCUUCCUAAAUUCCUUACAGUGGCAAUUUCCUUGGCUUAUUAGGUCGCAUAAAGCUAUAACAUAAUGGUAUAUUACUUGUCAAUUGUAUUGCUAUGCAAUUUUCAGAUGUUUGGUGUAUAUAUAGCUGUAUACGCGUCA